AUGCAGUGCUACACCGAGCUGACGCCUCCUACGGCCGUGACGCACUCCUUGUCCCUACCCUUCCUGUCCUCAACCGCCAACAAUCUCAUCGUCGUGAAGACUUCACUGCUUCAGGUCUUCUCAUUGAAAUCAAUCGUCGCCACUACAGAUGACGCUCCAGCUUCACAAGCUCCGGGCGGCCUCGCCAAUGGCAAAGAACAGAUUCCCACAGCAGUCCGUGCUGAACGCGUACAGACCACCAAGCUUGUCUUGAUUGCAGAAUACGAGUUGGCCGGUACGGUUACAUCUGUCGCAAAAGUCAAGCUUCUACGGUCAAAAUCAGGUGGAGAUGCUCUACUAGUAGCCAUACGAGACGCGAAGUUGAGCUUGGUGGAGUGGGAUCCUGAGUGCCACAGUAUUUCAACCGUAUCAAUCCAUUACUACGAGCGAGAAGAUAUCCUUCCGAGUCCGUGGGACCCUGACCUCACAAAAUGCGGAACAAUACUGAGUGUAGAUCCGAGUAGCCGCUGUGCUGUAUUCAAAUUCGGGGCGCGCCAUAUCGCGAUCCUACCUUUCCACCAGCUUGGGGAUGACAUCGCGUUAGACGAGGAUGACGAGCUAGAUGGAGGGAAGCUAGAGCGUAAGAUCUCACUCUCGAAACAAACAGGCGACGACUCGAAAAAGAAGACUCCUUAUGCUGCAUCAUUCGUCCUCUCUUUGCUCGCUCUGGACCCAACCUUGAAGCACCCUAUUCAUCUAUCUUUUCUCUACGAAUAUCGAGAGCCAACAUUCGGGAUACUUUCAUCAGAAACUACUACGUCGACAUCACUUCUGGCUAAUCGCAAAGACAACGUUACGUACGCAGUCUACAACCUGGAUCUUGAGCAGCGUGCUUCAACCUCGUUACUUUCCGUGACCCACCUUCCAUACGAUCUCUUCGAGGUCGUCCCACUUUCUAAAAUUAUUGGUGGCGCUCUACUGGUUGGCAGCAAUGAGAUCAUUCAUGUGGAUCCGUCGGGAAAGACAAAUGGUGUUGCGGUCAAUGAAGCCGCUAAGCAUUGCACCUCGUUUCCACUGGCUGACCAGGCUGAUCUGAAGCUUCGCUUGGAACAUUGCAUGAUCAAGCAGCUGGGGUACGACAGCCCCGAAUUGCUCUUGAUUGAGGACCAAGGCGCAUUGCUAAUACUCUCGUUCAAAAUUGACGGUAGAUCAGUGUCUGGUCUUAGUCUACACCGCUUAAGCCUCGACGAUAGCCCAUUGCUGACUGGCGCCUCUAGCGCUACCAUCAUAGGCCGUGGGCGUAUGUUUUUGGGGAGUGAAGAUGCUGAUUCGGUCGUCCUGGGUUGGUCACGAUCAUCCGAUCGACUGAAGCGAAAACCGUCACGUGUAGACCUCGUAACGGAGAAAGAACUCUCACCUGAAUUCGAUGAUAUCGAUAUUGAGGACGACGACGACGAUGAUCUAUAUGCCGAGGACAAGCCAAGCGACGCAGUCGGACUUGCCGACAAUUUGAAAUCCGACAACCCAGAGAGUGAAUUCAAGUUUCGAGUCCACGACAGCCUGUUGAAUACAGGGCCAUUGACCGACAUCACAUUAGGCCGAACCCUAUCAAGCACUACUGAUGACUUUGUGCCAGACCAACGAGAUGAGCUCUUGGCGACUGUUAGUCGAGGAAAAGCGGGAUCGUUGAUGUCUUUUCAGCGUUAUUUGGGAAUCAGGCCAACGUCACAGCACGAUAUCUCAGGCGCAAAAUCAUUGUGGGCCUUCCCUGCCAAGCCGGCGCAGGAAGUUAGCACAACUAAUGCUUAUUCCUUCGAUGAGUACCUCAUCGCUGCUUUUGGAGAGACAGAUGGGGUCAGCAAGUCCAGCGUCUAUAAAUUCAGUGACGGAGCCCUUCACGAAGUACGUGGUACUGAAUUUGACUCCGAUGCUGGAGCUGCGAUCGAGUGUGGCAUUUUGAACGAUGGUAAUAGGAUUGUCCAAGUAUUAUCUACGGAAGUGCGCACCUUUGACACCGACUUUGGCCUAGCCCAGAUGUACCCGCUUGGGGACGAAGAUACAGAGUUGGAGGCUAAGGUACAGACUGCUACCUUUGCAGACCCAUAUGUACUCUUGACGAAGGAUGACGAAAGCUUGACAAUCCUCGUAGCAGAUGAAAGUGGAGAUCUAGAUGAAAUAUCUCAAGGAGAGAAGUUCCAGCAGACUAAGUGGACGGCCGGAUCACUCUACGAGGACGUUAAUGACGCCUUGCGAUUAGAAUACGGGGAUGACGAUGAAGAAUCGAGUAACGUUCUAGCAUUCUUACUCUCGGUCAAAGGUGGCUUGCAGCUUCGCACAUUUGAAGACGAUGUUGUCGUGUAUCAACCUUACCAAGCCCAAAUUGAGGGCGACAAAGACACUGCUCUUCGAUUUUUAAAGCUUCCGAAUGCUCACUUUGCGGCACCAAUAGAUGAAGAUGAAAUGGAAGACGACUUCAUCAAGCCACAGCAUUCAUUCCGAGUAUUGAAUGAUGUUCAAGGCUAUAGUGCAGUCUCAAUAUCCGGCUCUACACCAAGCUUUAUCCUAAAGACCGCUUCCUCUCCUCUCAGAAUCAUACAUCUAACUCAAAGGGACCUAACAAGCAUCAUUCCUUUGAACCUGCCAAAUUGCAGGAGUGGCUUCGCAUUCAUCUCCAACAACGACAGGAUAAUCACUGCUCAAUUGAACCCGCAAAACGAUUAUACCACAGGCUUUGUAACCCAACGCAUACCUCUCCAAGCCCCAUGUAACGCUCUAGCUUACCACGCCCCUCAAAAGGCCUACAUCCUCAGUACCCUCACCCGCAUGCCAUUCAAACUACCCGACGACGAAGCUCUCCGUAUUUCUCCGCCCGAGGACGAGCCCGUCCUUCCCAUCCUAGACCAAAGCACCCUGCAGCUCUUCGACCGUCCAACGACCAGCACAAUCUCCACCUACGAGCUUGAUCCCUGGGAAGUCGUCCUCUGCAUCUCAGUCGUGAACCUCGAGACCUCAGAGAUCACGCAUGAGCGAGCCGAUCUCGUUUGCGUAGGCACUGGUGUUAUAAGGGGCGAGGACUUGGGCAUGAUUGGCCAUAUCUACGUUUUGGCGAUCAUUGAUGUGGUGCCGGAUCCAGAGCAUCCGGAGACGGGGAGGGCUUUCAAGCUGAUUGCGAAGGAAGAGACGAAAGGGGCUGUGACUUCGCUCUCUAGCGUCGGGACUCAGGGGUUUUUGAUGUCGACGCAUGGACAAAAGACGCUGGUCAGGGGGUUGAAGGAGGAUGGCAGUUUGUUGCCUGUGGCGUUCAUGGAUAUGCAGAUUUUCCCGACUAUGGUGAGGGAGUUGCCAGGGACGGGGCUGUGCGUUAUAGGGGACGCGUUACAGAAGGUUUGGUUUGGAGGGUAUACUGAGGACCCGUAUCAGCUCCGCCUCUUCGCCAAAUCACCUUACCCCAUCGAGACGGUCACGGUAUCUUUCCUCCCGGACGGGAAGAAUCUCUACAUCGUAGCCAUCGACACAGACGGAAGCAUUCAUGUCCUACAAUACGAUCCAGAGCGUACAUCCCUCAUCCCUCUCGGGCACCAACCUCCUCCCCCUCCACCUCCCCCCUUCCACACGCCCCACUAUCCCGCAACAACAACCCUCCUCUCUCCCUCCCCCUCCCCCAUCACCAACACCUCUUCCCCCAACAAGAACAUCAACCCCAACCCCCUCAACUUCCCCCCACACUCCCUCCUCCUAACCUCCCCCACCGGCUCCCUCGCCCUCCUAACCCCCCUCCCCGCAUCCUCCCACCGCACCCUCUCCGCCCUCCAAAACCACCUAAUAUCCACCCUCUCGCACCCCCUCGGCUUAAACCCACGAGCAUUCCGGGCGGGAGGAGAGCAGGGGAAUCCGAGGGAUAGGAGGGGCUUGGGCAUGGGGGGCAGUUUUGGCGGUAUGGCGGGCACGAGCUGCGUUUUGGAUGGGAUGGUGUUGAGGCGGUGGUUGGAGUUGGGGACGUGGAGAAGGUGGGGUGGGGAGGAUGCGAGGGUUGUUAGGGGGAUGGUCAGGGGGGCGUUGGGGGUGGUUUAG